AUGCAAAAAAUUGAGUGUUACCUCAAGUCUCUUGAGUUGAUCGUUGAUACAGAGAGUGGUCAAAGGCGCGAAAAAGCUUUGGAACUUCUUAAACUUUAUAAAUUGGCAAGUAUUCGUGAAAGUUUUUUUUUAAGGAUAGGUAGCGUGGUAGGGGUCUUCUCGAUGUCUAUCAUUCAAGUCUUCUCGAUGAGCUACGAAAGCAGUGUUGGAGCACAGUGGAAGGAAAUUACCACCUCAGAGGUUAAAGAUAAGCCGAAACUUAAACAUUCUCUUGUGGAAUUGUUGAAAAGUGCACAGUUG